AGCUCCUGCGGGUAAGGGCGCGCGCGGCGCGGGCGGGGACGGCGGCCGCGCGGCCCCCGCGGUGUAACGGCGUUUGUCUCCCCGCAGGCGCCGGGACCUUCUGUGUGCGGCGCUGCUUGAGAGGCGGGGGCGAGGGGCCGCUGCCUGCCGGCCAUGUCGGGCCGGGGAAAGUCCGGCGGAAAAGCGCGGGCCAAGGCUAAGUCACGCUCGUCGCGGGCCGGGUUGCAGUUCCCCGUGGGGCGGGUGCACCGGCUGCUGCGGAAGGGUAACUACGCGGAGCGCGUGGGCGCCGGGGCGCCGGUGUACCUGGCGGCCGUGCUGGAGUACCUGUCGGCUGAGAUCCUGGAGCUGGCGGGCAACGCGGCCCGCGACAACAAGAAGACGCGCAUCAUCCCGCGGCACCUGCAGCUCGCCAUCCGCAACGACGAGGAGCUCAACAAGCUGCUGGGCGGCGUGACCAUCGCCCAGGGCGGCGUCCUGCCCAACAUCCAGGCCGUGCUGCUGCCCAAGAAGACGCAGAGCUCCAAGAAGUGAGAGCUGCCCCCCGUCCCCCUGCCCCCAGCUCCCUUCUCACCACUGCCUCACUUCACCUCCCCUUCCAGUGGAGCUGGGGUUCCCCGUCCUGCCCCUCAGCCCAGGCUGGGUGGUGAGACCUGGCAACACCCCACCAACCCUUCAGUAGCCCCCCCUCCCUUGGCCUGGGCUGUAGCAUGGUGCUGGGCGAGCAUGGGUGAGGUCAGGCUCUGCUUGUGCUCCUGCUCUGCCUCUCUUCCCUUUGGAAGAAGUGGUUUUGGAGGAGGCAGCUGGAUCACAGCUGUUGGCGGUGGUGACAUCUGGAGCCGUGUGGUUAGGUCACGGUGCAGGGCUGUCGGUAGCUGCUGAGGAUUGUUGUAGCUGGCAAAGGGAUGGACACAGGCACCCCUGGCUGCCUCUCCCCUCCGCCAGCCCUGGGACUGUGCAGGGGUCCCCCCCCCCCCCAGCUGGUCCUGCUCGCCCUGGUGUGUACUCGCUGCUGCCGUGCCCCCGCCUCCAUCCUCAGCAAUGCCGUCCUGGCCGCACUGCAGCUGUGAGGGCAGGGGGCUGGAAAACGUGAAGAGGAGAAAAAGUUUCUCCAUUGGCAAGAAGUGGCUGUUAGUCUUAGUUUUGUUCAUGGUAAAACUAGUGCAUUGCCUACUGUAAAGAAGCUUUGGUCCCAUUUAUUUUCAGGUCU